AUGGAGGAUCUCUCGACCAUCACUGGGCGUAUCAUUCCCUCCCUUCUCGUCACUCAGCUGAAGCUGCUUAUCAAAAGCCUGAAUGACAACGUUCGCCCCAGUCCGCAGCUCAAACUCGGUGGCAAUAAGUCGGAACUGAUCCAGCGGCUCAAUGCAUUCGUCACGCACCACCAUCAGCUAGGAGACCAAGUCGCCAUCCGUCAGAUUCGACACUGCAUCGCUGCCUUUAACCAAGGGGAAGUGUCAACAAUUUCAACACCUUCAGUAGCACUUCAACACCCUCACGGCAACAGCAGCAGUAGCAGUAGCAGCAGUGGAUUCAGGAUACACUCGGGCAACAUGAUGACAUCCAAACCGGCUGCGGCCCCAGUACAACAGAGCCAUAUUGGGGUUCGUCCACCAGUGCCACAUUACAUGACCAUGGCACGCUCGGGACUUCCGGAGAACAAGAUCGUUUUCAAAUCCAGUCCCUUCUACAAGGAUGUUCAGGUCUUGUCUCCGGCACGGCUCUGCAUAGAGGCCAAGGAGCAGCGGACAAUGUCUGUGACCUUGCCGUUUACAGUUGCACCUAUGCUUUCGGUCCAGUUGAAGAGGGAGCCCGAUUACCAGAUUAUGGUGUUUUGUACAUCGGCGGAAGGAGCAACAAACCCACCAGCAUUGAUGGAGUUCCCACAUGUGUGUGAGAUCAAAAUCAGUGGGCGCGUUCUGGAGGCAAAUCUUCGAGGAAUGAAGAACAAACCUGGUACAGUGUCGCCUGCCAACAUCACCAGACUCUGUCGAUUGGACCCAGCUGAAUACAACAAAGUGGAGUUCAUAUAUGCCAACUCGCCAAAGCGUUAUUAUGCGUCAGUGAACUUGGUCAAGAAGUCAUCAGUCACCGCUAUCGUGGCGGAAAUCGAGCGCGGAAAGUUCUUGAGCAAGGAACAGAUGCUCCGAAUUCUCGAGGAUAGGAACAAGGACGACGACAUUAUGGCCACGUCAAGUACAAUUUCUUUGAAGUGCCCUCUUGGAUUUCAGAGAAUUACAAUCCCAAUCCGCUCUUCCUAUUGCCAACAUUUGCAGUGCUUUGACGCGUACACCUUUUUCAACCUCAACGAGCAAACACCGACAUGGACGUGCCCGGUCUGCAGCAGGAUGAUGCACUCGUGGGAAGAGAUCGUCGUGGAUGGUUACUUCAAGGAUUUGCUUAAUUCGACCCCAGAGUCAUUGGAGAACAUUACAGUCCAGGCAGAUGGAUCGUGGGAGUUACCGUCGGCGUCGUCAACGUCAGGGCAAGUUAUCGCCCCAUCGCCGAAAAAGAAGCCGGCGCCUUCGGACAACAGCGUCUUUGUCAUCGACGAGGAUGACGACGACGAUGACGACGACGAUGACGAUGAGGCGCCAGCAGCAGCAGCACCGCUAACGCCCGUCAAGCCAGCCAAACCAGCGAUCGAAGUCAUUGAUCUCAUUUCAGAUAGCGAGGAUGAGGGCGCCGAGGAAACCACGACAACGGCCGCCACAACCACAACAGCGUCUGCUUCAACAGCUACCGAUCCCGAUGGCGAUUCAAGUAUGCAGGAGGCAGCCAACUUGCUUCAGAAUAUGGCGCAUGCAACUCCAGGGCCAUCAGCAGCCGUCAAGACGGAGGAUCUAGAGCGAUCAGCACCGGUGGAAAAUGAGACUGUGCCGACUGCACCGGAGGCACCAAGUCUCAUUGGAUCGGCAAGUCGGUCGCCAGUGGCAUCUUCAGAGGGCUCUCCUGUGAUUUCCAACAGGAUGGUUCAGACGGAACCCAUGCCCCCUCAUCGCACCGUCUCGCCAGCUGCCUCCAGGACACCCCCGGUGUGGGAAAAUAGUGAAGAGAUGUUCAUGAAUGCACUUCUCAACCCGAGGAAAAGGCGGCAGAUCGAUGGUACGGUUUAA